UCUUCACCGGAAAAAUUCUCAUCUAACUUCAAUUUCUCCGUGGACGAAAAUGAAGAGCAAUCUUGCUUACGAUUUGACCCAUUGCCAUGUUGGGCUCCACCAAGAUCCAGUAUUGGCCGGUAUCGGGUCUAGACACCGACAGUCCGUGAUCCAAGACUAUCCAAAUCCAACCCAUAUGACCAUGAGGUAACUGACCAGUGAUAAACGGUGGCCCGUCUUGUUCAUUCAAAACCAACCCUAGGCAUAUUCCGGUAUGUCACUACACAGCCGAAGCCCAACACUACCAACGAUCAAAUUUCAAAUUUUGAACUUGGCGCUCUUCACUUCGCCAAUUUGGCGAUUCCGCUUCUCCUCAUUUCCCAAAUCUAACAGCCUUUCCUAAAUCUUUCUCUUCUUCUCUAAACUCACUCCAUCCCAUAAUAAGAAGCCAAAAAGAAAGGCAACAAAAAAUGGGAGCCUCUCAUAGCCUGGAACUCCCGGAUUCCGACACGGAGGAACAAGGAGAAACCGACGAAGAAAGUUACGAAACGCCGGAGAAAUCCUUCUCUGGACACAGACCCGAAACCCCUUCGUCUCUCGACGAUGUUGAGGCCAAGCUCAAGGCCCUCAAGCUGAAAUACCCAUCUACAGCAACCCAACAAUUUGAAAACCCCAAUUUGAAAAAUGCUGUCAAGCUUUACCACCACAUUGGCGGCAACACCCCCAAAGCCAAAUGGGUGGCAUCGGAGAAGCUUACUUAUUAUUCCUUUAUUAAGACUUCCAAAUUUGGCGGCCACAGUCAAGCCGAAGAUGAAGAUGAGGAGUCAGAAUCGGAAUCUGAAGGAGAAGGUUGGUGGGUAUUGAAGGUUAGUAAUAAAGUUAGGGUUAAAGUUACUACUGAGAUGCAAUUGAAGACUUUUAAGGACCAACGUCGCGCUGAUUUUGUUGCUGAAGGUGUUUGGGCCUUGAAGUUCUUUAGUGAUGAGGAUUAUGGCGUUUUUAUUAGCAAGUAUAAUGAUUGUUUGUUUGAAAAUACUUAUGGAUAUGAGUCCAAUGAAGCUAAUAAGAUCAAAGUUUAUGGGAAGGAUUUUAUUGGAUGGGCUAACCCAGAAAAGGCUGAUGACUCUAUGUGGGAGGAUGCAGAAGAUAGUUUCUUGAAAAGCCCUGAAUCAGCAACUCCAGUUAGGGCUAAUCAAGAUUUGAGAGAGGAGUUUGAGGAGGCAUCGAAUGGAGGGAUACAGAGCUUGGCUUUGGGUGCAUUAGAUAAUAGUUUCUUAGUAGGUGAUUCAGGCAUUCAGGUGGUUAAGAAUUUUAGCCAUGGGAUUCAUGGGAAAGGUGUUUAUGUGAAUUUUGGUGGUGUUGAUAAUAGGAGUGCUUUGAGUUUGGCCCAUUCGACUCCUAAGAAGGCACUUCUUAUGCGUGCCGAGACUAACAUGUUACUUAUGAGUCCAAUUAAUGAGGGGAAGCCACAUUCUACAGGAUUGCAUCAGCUUGACAUUGAAACUGGGAGGAUUGUUACACAGUGGAGAUUUGAGAAAGAUGGAACUGAUAUUUCUAUGAGGGAUAUUGUAAAUGAUAGCAAGGGAGCCCAGUUGGAUCCAUCAGGAUCCACAUUUUUGGGCUUGGAUGAUAAUAGGCUUUGUAGGUGGGAUAUGCGUGAUCGAAAAGGGAUUGUUCAGAAUCUGGCAAAUGCUAGUGCCCCUGUCCUGAAUUGGACACAAGGGCAUCAGUUCUCAAGAGGAACAAACUUUCAGUGCUUUGCAAGCACUGGUGAUGGUUCAAUUGUGGUUGGGUCUCUUGAUGGGAAGAUUCGAUUGUAUUCGAGCAAUUCUAUGAGGCAGGCAAAAACAGCUUUUCCUGGCCUGGGAUCGCCUAUUACUCAUGUUGAUGUUACCUUUGAUGGGAAGUGGAUAUUGGGUACCACUGAUGCUUACUUGAUCCUUAUCUGCACUUUAUUUACAGACAAGGAAGGUAAGACAAAGACAGGUUUCAGUGGUCGUAUGGGAAAUAGAAUUGCAGCACCCAGAUUGUUGAAGCUAACUCCUUUGGAUUCACUUAUAGCUGGGAUUAAUAAUAAGUUCCGUAAUGCUCACUUUUCAUGGGUCACAGAGAAUGGGAAGCAGGAGCGUCAUUUGGUUGCAACAGUGGGCAAGUUUAGUGUGAUAUGGAAUUUCCUGCAGGUGAAGAAUGGCUCACAUGAGUGCUACCGUAAUCAAGAGGGCCUGAAGAGCUGUUACUGCUAUAAGAUAGUCCUCAAGGAUGACUCUAUUGUUGACAGUCGUUUCAUGCAUGACAAGUUCGCAGUUAGUGAUUCUCCUGAGGCUCCACUGGUCAUUGCGACCCCCAUGAAAGUCAGCUCCUUUAGCAUAUCCAGCAGGCAAUGACAUACUUUGAAGAUGCCCUUUACUCAGACUACUUCUCAGUGUCAUAGGGAGGGGUAUCAAAUGGUUUGUGAAAGCUUCAGAAUUGUGUUUUAGACUGUUGUUUAACUAAGAUAAGCUUGGAUCAUCUGAAGAUGAAGAAUGAUGUGCAAAUGCAAUAUAGUUGUAUAAGAUUUCUACCUCGUUGCUAGUUAUUUAAUGACUGCAAUUUUAUCAUUGUAUUACAAUUACACUUUUCUCAAUGGAGGAGCAACUGCUACUCAUGAUAUGGUGAAGCACUAUGACGUAUCCUUUUAUUUUCUUCUUA